AUGGGGACUGGAAACUACACAACUGUGACAAAGUUCAUUAUUUUGGGAUUAACAGAGAAUUAUACAGUUUGUGCCAUUUUAUUCAUUGUAUUUCUAGGAAUCUAUGUUGUUACCUUAAUGGGUAAUGUCAGCAUAAUCAUGUUAAUUAGAGGAAGUCCUUCUCUACAUACACCCAUGUACAUUUUCCUCUGCCAUUUGGCCUUUGUAGACAUUGGAUAUUCCUCAUCAGUCACACCUGUCAUGCUCAUGGGCUUCCUUAAGAAGGGAACCUCUCUUCCUGUUGCUGGCUGGGCGGCCCGGCUCUGUUCUGUUGUGAUGUUUGGGACUACCGAGUACUUCCUGCUAGCUGCCAUGGCCUGUGAUCACUAUGUGGCCAUCUGCUUGCCCUUGCUCGACUCCACACACAUGUCCCCCAGAAUCUGCAUCUUUUUAGUGGUGAUGUCGUACCUAGGUGGAUGUGUAAAUGCUUGGACAUUCAUUGGCUGCUUAUUAAGUCUGUCCUUCUGUGGGCAAAAUAAAGUCAAUCACUUUUUCUGUGGCUAUUCACCACUUUUGAAGCUUUCUUGUUCUCAUGAUUUUACUGCUGAAAUAGUUCCAGCUAUCUCUUCUGGAUCUAUCAUUGUGGUCACUGUGUUUGUCAUAGCCGUCUCCUACGUCUCCAUCCUUAUCACCAUCCUGAAGAUGCACUCCACCGAGGGGCGCCACAAGGCCUUCUCCACCUGCACUUCCCACCUCACUGCAGUCACUCUAUUCUAUGGGACCAUUACGUUUAUUUAUGUGAUGCCCAAGACCAGUUACUCAACUGACCAGAAUAAGGUGGUGUCUGUGUUCUAUACAGUGGUGAUUCCCAUGUUGAACCCUCUCAUCUAUAGUCUCAGGAACAAAGAGAUAAAAGCAGCUCUGAAAACAAAGCUUGGUAGGAAAAUAUUUUCUUAA